AAAUGAAAGAAUUCGGUGCGCACCGAUUUAUUAAGAGGCAGGGGCACAGGGGUUACAAUGCAGGAAUGGAGAGGCUCUUCAUCCACUGGAGGCAGAGGCAGCUGAGAUGAAGGCGGAUGAAGGCAGAAACUAGCAGCAUCAGAAAGAAAGUGGAAGAAAUGAAAUCUGCUGCCGAAGAAAAGAAAAUUGAGCUUGAAUUGGAGAAGCUGACACGUGAUCGACUCCUUGUUGAACUACAGCUUAUGCAAGAGGCAGAGCAGGCCCUUCGGGAGAUUCUGUUCCUGCCAAAUUAAAACAACAAUAUGGAGUGCCUCACUUUUUUUUUCUUUUUUUUCUUUUUGGUGGGUUAAUAGAAUGAGUCAUUCUGU